GCCCCAAAGCUAGUUAAGUAAUAUAAUUGAAUGUUUAACAUGAGACAAUAAUUAUUGUACAGGGUGGUCCGGAUGUCUUGUGACUCCCAUUUAAUAAAAGUUAUGUUUAUGUAAAACAGAAAUUAAGUUCCAAAGGAACAAACAUUUUCGGGGUCAAUGAAUUGGGAGUCACAAGACAUCUGGGCCACCAUGAACAUGCACGGGGAAAACCCCAUUUAUAUAUGAGAAUUACUUAAUGUCCAUCUCUUUAAAAGUAUCAUGGCAACGUUGUUUAAACAAACUAAAGAAACCCUUUCGUAUUUAGUUUCAGUAAAACCGAAGAUAUGCCAACAUUUAUAAAUGAACGUGAAGUGUUUCCGGGUCAAUUGUUUAGCCAUUGGCAGGCGCGGCCUUGCACGUUCGGCGUAAAGUGCAACAAUCACAAAUCGUCAGCUGCAAUUGAAUUGGUAUCAAUAAUUGUACCAUUUUAAAAAAAAAUGUAUAAUAGUUGCGUGUACAAUGUGUAGCGUGGUGUAAAAGGGUGCAAAGUUAACGGCGUUAUUUGCGCAGUGGAGCCUGUUUGCUUAGGCCGGGCCGCCCCGUCGCCAUGGAAACGUCCCAGCUGUUUGCCGCUCACAGCGUGGAAUCUUUAGCUUUACAAAAAGUUACUGUUAAUCGUAUUGUAUUCAAAACAUAAACACACGAACACAUUAGCGAUUAAGCUCUCUAUUACAAGGUACGCUUUGCUCUGUAUAAUAGCUUUAAAAUAUAUAUAAAAAUGCUGUAAUGGGUUUAAAGAAUCGUAAGGCAGCGAGGCGUUGUUAAGUGUGGUGAAUACCGCAACAGUCGUUGACUUGACGUUAUUAAAACAGAUUACAUUUACACUUCGUCAAUCCACUUCUUCGAUAAAGACAUCCUCACGCCGUGCCGGUCGAUGGGAGUUUAUUUUUGUGACCAUACUUCACUACGCUGGUCGGUGCGGGUUGGUGAAGGGCCAACACUCAACGUUAGCCGGUGAACGUUAGACAUGGGCAGUCGAAAGAACAGCGUGGCUUCCAUUUCAAGCCGCAAGUCAGAUGCCAUUGUCAAAAGGUCAGAAGUCUUUGAUAGGUCAGAUGUUGGCGAAAAGUCAGAACUGAAUGGACGGGCAGGAGAGGAGGAGUUCUACCGGCAGUGUAGAGCCGCCUACCUGAUGGUGUGCAAGAGCACGCUGGAGAAGAUAACCACUCGUCAGCAGCUUUGUCAAGUUCUGCAGAAUGCCGGGAGGAGCCCGUCCCGCCGUGCGCUGGAACAAUACUUCCCGGUGUCGAUGUCGGCGCUGGACUUUGAGGACGUGUGCGAGGUGGCACGGCAGGAGAGGCCCGUGGCACGUGAGGAGCUGCUCGCUGCCUUUCGCAAGAUCGACCGCAACAGCGACGGCUUCCUCACGUGCGACGAGCUCCGGCGGGUGCUCACCACGAGAGGGGAGCGGAUGACGGAGAAGGAGUUACAAGGAGUGUUUGAAGAUGCCGAUGUUAACCGUGAUGGAAAGCUGGAUUAUGCAGAGUUUUCCCGGAUGGUGUUGGAAACCGCUCGGCAGUGUGAGCGGAUGGCGCUGGAGCGACUAGAAGCGGACGGCAGGGGUAGAGUGUGGCAACUGGGCAGCCAAGCACCCGAGAGGGGCAUCUCGUCACGCGCAGGCAAGAGCGAAGCCUCGCCCCGAGCGUCGCCACGUGUCACUCCGCAGCCGGCAAUGCGGGCGGCCUCCAGGCCAUCAUCGUCGGGGCGUGAUCGCCGACCCUCCGUGUCCUCCAUGGUCAGCGUCUCAGCUGGCAAGGCACGUGGAAAACUUCCCGAGCCAAAGAACCUUAAGGACUGGAAACACAUCCGCAGCAAGGGUUGCUUCUUCGUGGAGGAGGAUGGCAGCUUGGCGAGCCAUCACUACCGUCUGGAGCUGACACAGCCAACCAGUGUUUACAUCACCGUGCAGCCUCUAGACCUGAGCCCAGAGGAUGGCCCAAGGUCUACCUGGUUUGGUGUGGACACAGCUGUGUUCAUACUGCGAGAGAACGGUGACUCUGCUAACGCGAAGGAUCUGGUCAGCUUUACCGAGCUUUGUCACAAGGAGACGUUUGCCUGGCGCGGGGACCUUCAGAAAGGCUCCUACCUCCUUCUGCCCUUCACCACGGGCUGCCGCCUGCGUAAGCGGAGUAGCACUGCCGCCACCGCCAGCAGGAGCACCGCCCUCAUCACGACAGCUGAGAACGGGGAACUGGAGCUCACGCGCCAGUUCCGGACGGUCCUGUCGGAUAUCUUCGAGAUCAUAGAUCUGGAUGGGAACGGGCUGCUCAGCCUGGAGGAGUACAACCUGUUUGAGUUGCGCACCAGCGGGGAGGAGUGCGAUACCAGCGCCUGGGAGGUGUGCAAAGCCAACUUCGACAUGAAGAGAAACGAGCUGACCCGCCAGGGCUUCCUGGACCUCACGCUCAUGGAGGCCAGGGACCAGGGUGGCGACCCUAGAGAUUUGUGGGUCACCUUGGAGGCCAUGGGAUACAACCGGGAUCUGCAUCUGGAUGAGGCGUGCCCGCUGGUGCUGGAUGUGUUCGCGGAGGAGGUGCGUCCACGGCUAAGCGCUCUGCCCGUGGAGGCGCUGGGCUGGCGCCUCGCCCGCGCCGUCUGCGAGGCCACGGCAGGCAAGGGGGAGGCGCGGGUGCUGGACGCCAGUGAGAGCGUCGUGGUGCACGUGCAUCGCAGCGAGAGCCGUAUCACCACCGUGCUGCAGAACAAGCGCGACAUCAAAGUUGUGGUGCGCGUCGACUGCUCCCAGAGCAAGAACUGCGUAAGCAGUCGCGGCAUGGACGUGUUCGCCGUUGAAGUCCCUCCCCACACUACAGUGAUCGGCCACCAUGUGAUGCCCAUGAACGAGCGACUCGACUGGGUAUACAACUGCACGGAGACUCUGCUGACCUGAAGCACAGAGAGCUCAUCGUCUCUCCUCUGAUUCUUCCUGGGAUUCUUCCCACUCAUGUGGGAGUCUGUCUUCCUGAUCCUUUUUCUCGAUCCCUUCCUAUUCCUGCACCAUCUCCAAAUCCAAUCUGCAGUCGGUUUACCACUUUGAAAACUAACACUAAACUCAACUAUUUUUAACCAGGUAAGGCCCACUGAGAUAUAUAGCUCUUUUUCAGAAGUGACCUGCCCACAAAUGAUAGCUGAACAAAGUGGCUUGUCAUGUGGAUAUUUAUAGUAGCCAUAUACUCUUAAACACAUGUUUCUAAAUGUGGAGGGAAAAACUGGAGGACCUGGUGAAAAAUCCACUUAACCAUGGUGAGAAAAUGUAUGCUCCAAAUAUACAGGCAUCGGGAUCGAACCCACAACCUGUAUACCAGGCGAGGUAGUUAACAUCUCGCCACCGUGAGAUGCUCGAGGGAGCCACCUCUCUCUAGCCCUGCCUCUCGGUAUGUGCGCUGGUGUUUCCACGUUCAUUGAAUUUCUCCCUAUGCGGGUUUCCUUUCAUCUCGUGGCAUGUCCUAGCCAUCCGAGUUGCCUUUCAGCUUGUCCGCCUGAGAUGGACACCACUCUUGCCUUCUUCCUCGUACCUUAAUUUCUGACCCGAUCCCGUCUUUUCAUCACCGAUUCCAUCUCGUCGUCAUUAUUUGUCAUCUGAAGCGAGUCUACCGCUCUACAGCCUCUAAAGUGGCAUCUUUCAUUCAUACUCAUUCAGUGUUGUGUGUGGCCGCUUGUGAUUUAACCAUUGAUUUUGGUUUGUGUUUGAAUGGGAUUGGUGGCACUGGGGGUAGUGUUUUUGUUAUGUUUUAAUAAUUUGAAUGCCUAGUGGUGGUGGUGUCUUUUACAGUGAGGGAAAAAACUAUUUGAUCUCCUGCUGAUUUUGUACGUUUGCCCACUGACAAAGAAAUUAUCAGUCUAUACUUUUAAUGGUAGGUUUAUUUGAACAA